AUGGCGAUUGAAGCAUUAGUUAUCACGUCGAUUACCUCGGUCAUUCCGGCAGCGCAGAUCGAUGUGAAACGUUAUAAACAUUUGGCUGGUCUGCACAUGGCAGAUCCAAAUCUUGGUACACCAGGCGUCAUCGACCUAUUAUUAGGGGCCGAUUUUUGGGGUCUCAUCUUGGAAGGAGACAUCAUUCGUGGUGGGCAGAACGAACCUCAUGCUCAACUUACGCGGUUGGGUUGGGUCAUCUUCGGUCCAACAUCCACAGCCAACCACGACAUACCUAGCUUGCAGUCAUAUCGUGCUCAGAUUUUGGAAGAUAGUCGUUUAGAUGCAAUUUUGAGUAACUUCUGGAAGCUGGAAGAUGAGCCUGCGGGCACUGAGACUGUUGAUGACGAGAGCGAGCUGAUAUUUUCGAAGACACACACGCGUACUCCGGAGGGCCGCUACAUGGUACGCCUCCCGAUACGGGGUGAUGCCUCAGAGCUGGGCGAUUCAUAUUAUAAUGCCGUACGACAGUUUCAUCGUUUGGAGCGCCGGCUGACGGUCGAUAAAGACAUGCGUGAUAAAUAUAUAGAGUUCAUGAGGGAGUACAUCGAAUUGGGUCACAUGGAACCCGUGGAUAACCCAGGUGAUCACUCCCGUACAUAA